AUGAUGGCCAAGCCCAGCGAGCCAGGGCCGGGUCGACAGCACGAGAGCCACCCGGAGGAGACAGAAGAGGAGCUAAGGGAGCACCAAGCCCUGUGUCCCCAGGAAGGAGUCCUCAUGUGUGGGGUGACAGUCAAGCAGGAGCCCCCGGACCCCCAGGAAGAGGAGUGGGACAACAGAGAGAGGAUGGUCGACCAGGAGCUGCUCUUCAGACAGGUAGGAGAGAGCGAAGCGUAGAGGACAAACACACACACUCGCACACACAAACUUUUUCAAAUGUGAUUAACAUCACCAGUUGAAGAGAGCUGGAGUAUCUAGAUGGACAGACAUACAGAGAAAGAAGACUACACUCACGUGUACUGCAUGUGUGAUAGUGAACAGAAUGUAGGCUAUUUUCAUUUAUAGUCAGUUCACGAAAAACAGACACCCACACAUGGCUUACUCUUACUGUAUGGACACACAAACAACCACUCACACACACACAUGCAAGCACACACAAUUACACACACACUAUACUCCUACUCACAAAGUGAAAUAGCGUGCAGGUUUUUAUCUGAAUGGCUGAGGUCAGCCUCACGCCUCCUCUCUACUGCUGAAUCUGAGUUAGCCUCCCGAGGGCCACACACACACACAUACACACACACAAACACACUUAGCCAGAACACCAUGUCAUCCCUGUCUAACAUGCAGCCCUGCAGUCGGUCCAAAUCCAAUCCACUGUCCUUCCUGUCACCAUGACGCCCACACACCCCACAUCCCCCGGCAAGAAGUAGAGCACUGGUGGCCCUUGGGAAAUGAAGUGUUAGAGCAGGAGCGAAGCCCCAGUCCAAUCCUGCUAUGUUAGUUACAGUAGUGGCAAUUCACUAAGUGGCAGUGCAGUUUUAGAAUCUGAAUCCCAUUGCACCUUACGACAAAAACCUAUAGUAUAGCGUUCAUACUAAAUACAAGUAUGCCAGUGCCACAAAAGGCUAUCACAGGAAUUGGGCUGAUUAUAAGUGAAAUGAUACUGAAUGCAUGCAUACUUGCAAAACAUUUGUCUCUGUAUCUUAAUGUUCCUAAAGUCGUUCCCACAUUAACAUGUCUGUCUGGCUUAUGAUAAUGGAUUCAUAUGCAUCAAGCGCCAUCUUCUGGCUAGUAAGAAAUCUUGCAGCAGUUCAACAGAUGCACACAAAAGCUGAAUUUGGUGUGUGUGUGUGUGUGUGUAGUCGCUUACGUGUGUGUAACAUUCUCUCUGUCUCUGUCUCUGGCUCUUGCUCUCUCUCUCUCUCUCUCUCUCUCUCUCUCUCUCUCUCUCUCUCUCUCUCUCUCUCUCUCUCUCUCUCUCUCUCUCUCUCUCUCUCUCUCUCUCUCUCUCUCUCUCUCUCUCUCUCUCUUCUCUCUCUCUCUCUCUCUCUCUCUCUCUCUCUGUCUCUCUGAGCAGCAGGCAGUGUUAUUGGAGCAGCAGAGGAUGAUCCAGUUAAGGAACUACCAGGCUUCUAUGGAGUCAGCCGGCCUGUCGGUCACCUUCCCAGUGCACCGUCCCCUCUCCAGGGCCCAAUCAUCUCCUGCCUCGGCCUGCCUCCCCCCCAUUGUGGUACAGCAGGAACCGCCCACCAAGCCUUGCUUCACCACUGGUUAGUGUCCAAGCACCCCUUGUCUGUAUCAUACACACAAAUGCACAUACAGUUGAAGUCAGAAGUUUACAUACACUUAGGCUGGAGUCAUUAAAACUUGUUUUUCAACCACUCCACAAAUGUCUUGUUAACAAACCAUAGUUUUGGCAAGUCGGUUAGGACAUCUACUUUGUGCAUGACACAAGUAAUUUUUCCAACAAUUGUUUACAGACAGAUUAUUUCACUUAUAAUUCACUGUAUCACAAUUCCAGUGGGUCAGAAGUUUACAUACACUAAGUUGACUGUGCAUUUAAACAGCUUGGAAAAUUCCAGAAAUGGCUUUAGAAGCUUCUGAUAGGCUAAUUGACAUCAUUUGAGUCAAUUGGAGGUGUACCUGUGAAUGUAUUUGAAGGCCUACCUUCAAACUCAGUGCUUCUUUGCUUGACAUCAUGGGAAAGUCAAAAGAAAUCAGCCAAGACCACAGAAAAAAAUGUGUAGUCCUCCACAAGUCUGGUUCAUCCUUGGGAGCAAUUUCCAAACGCCUGAAGGUACCACGUUCAUCUGUACAAAUAAUAGUACGCAAGUAUAAACACCAUGGGACCACGCAGCCGUCAAACCGCUCAGGAAGGAGACGUGUUCUGUCUCCUAGAGAUGAACGUACUUUAAUGCGAAAAGUGCAAAUCAAUCACAGAACAACAGCAAAGGACCUUGUGAAGAUGCUGGAGGAAACAGGUACAAAAGUAUCUAUAUCCACAGUAAAACAAGUCCUAUAUCGACAUAACCUGAAAGGCCGCUCAGCAAGGAAGAAGCCACUGCUCCAAAACCGCCAUAAAAUAGCCAGACUACGGUUUACAACUGCACAUGGGGACAAAGAUCGUACUUUUUGGAGAAAUGUCCUCUGGUCUGAUGAAACAAAAAUAAAAUUGUUUGGCCAUAAUGACCAUCGUUAUGUUUGGAGGAAAAAUGGGGAUGCUUGCAAGCCGAAGAACACCAUCCCAACCGUGAAGCACGGGGGUGGCAGCAUCAUGCUGUGUGGGUGCUUUGCUGCAGGAGGGACUGGUGCACUUCACAAAAUACAUGGCAUCAUGAGGAAGGAAAAUUAUGUGGAUAUAUUGAAGCAACAUCUCAAGACAUCAGUCAGGAAGUUAAAGGUUGGUCGCAAAUGGGUCUUCCAAAUGGACAAUGACCCCAAGCAUACUUCCAAAGUUGUGGCAAAAUGGCUUAAGGACAACAAAGUCAAGCUAUUGGAGUGGCCAUCACAAAGCCCUGAUCUCAAUCCUAUAGAAAAUGUGUGGGCAGAACUGAAAUAAUGUGUGCGAGCAAGGAGGCCUACAAACCUGACUCAGUUACACCAGCUCUGUCAGGAGGAAUGGGCCAAAAUUCACCCAACUUAUUGUGGGAAGCUUGUGGAAAGCUACCCGAAACGUUUGACCCAAGUUAAACAAUUUAAAGGCAAUGCUACCAAAUACUAAUUGAAUGUAUGUAAACUUCUGACCCACUGGGAAUAUGAUUAAAUAAAUAAAAGCUGAAAUAAAUCAUUCUCUCUACUAUUAUUCUGAUAUUUCACAUUGUUAAAAUAAAGUGGUGAUCCUAACUGACCUAAAACAGGGAAUUUUUACUAGGAUUAAAUGUCAGGAAUUGUGAAACACUGAGUUUAAAUGUAUUUGGCUAUGGUGUAUAUAAACUUCCGACUUCAACUCUACGUACGGACACUCACUCACACACGCAUGUGUAGACACAGACACACAAACACACACUAACACACGUGCACACGCAAGCACAGAAACACACGCACGCUCACACUAUUCAAAUUUGUCACAUGCUUCGUAAACAACAGGUGUAGACUAACAGUGAAAUGCAUCCCAACAACGUAGGCCGUCAUUGUAAAUAAGAAUUUGUUCUUAACUGACUUGCCUAGUUAAAUAAACGUUAAAUAAAAUAAAUAAAAAAGAGAAAGAAUAACACAAGGAAUAAAUGCACAAUGAGUAACGAUAAUUUGGCUGUAUACACGGGGUACGAGGUGAUUGAGGUAGAUAUAGGUAAGGACACCACGCACACACUGUCUCUCUCUCUCUCUAACCUGUUGUCUGUAUCUCACUCACACACACACACACACACACACACACACUGACAUGCAAGCACACACACACAGGGCUUAGCUCCCUGUUCUCUUAGAUUAGUGUGUCCUCUCUCCCUGAAAACAAAAAUAAUUGUCCUUGACUCUCUUUCUCCCUUAAACCACUCUGAGAGCCCCAGUGUCCAGCAUACUGAUCAGCCAUGCAGUGCAGUGUGUGCGUGCUGUCCUGUGAGAACCAAUGUCUCCCAAACAGUCGCAUAACAUUGUCUUUCAUAACCCUGUGUGUGUGUGUUCCCAUCACCCUCCAGGCCUGGUGUAUGACACGUUGAUGCAGAAGCACCAGUGUAUGUGUGGCAACACCAACACACACCCAGAGCACGCCGGACGCAUCCAGAGCAUCUGGUCCCGACUACAGGAGACGGGACUGAGGGGAAAGUGUGAGGUACGGAAACCGUACACCCCAACCAGAGCACUACGUUCUACUACCUCUGGUCUCUUGACCCUCCCACCCGUACGGGAGGGCAGCUCCCGCUCAGCCCAGUCAAAGCUCUUCUCUGUCCUGGCACCACAAAGGUGGAUCAAGCUUCCCCUAACCUCAGGAGAGUGGAGUCCCUGUCCAUCUUCCAAAAAUGUCUGAAACCCUAACUCUUUAAAGAUUAUCUUCAAUAAAUCCCCCCCAUUGCCAAAAUCCCGAGAUAUACAGUACCUUUAACAUAAAUGCACUAAUUGUAAGUCACUCUGAAUAAGAGCUUCUGCUAAAUGACUAAAAUGUUCAAUGUUAACUGGCUUUCUUACAUUGUAGCCCUCACUUCAGCACUGAUCUAAAAGUAAUAGGACAGGUUAAAGUGUGGCCAGCUCGGUGUUUUCACCUAUAUAGUAUUUUUUUUUAUCAGUGCAGAGACUAAGAGGAAUCCACUUUAGAGUAUACAUUCAGGUCCCCUGUCAAAGUAAUAACUGAGGAAGCUUGUUUGCCAACCUAUCUCAAUAGUAUGAAGUGGCUUCCCCAUCCAACCUGGACUAUUGGGAUGGACUUUCAGACCAUUUCUGACCAGGAGAGGGCAGUGUUAAACCAACCUCCCCAUUGACAAAACACCCCACAGCAAGUUGCCUGUAGCCAAUACCUUGACAAAUCCUAACGAUAACCAUUCGGGGGAAAAAUUCUAAACUGAUCUUAGACCAGUGUUUAGCUUAGGGGGUUGUUUUGAAGUAUUAGGUUGAUUUGAAGUAUUAGGUUGUUUUGAAGCGCUGGUAGAGAUAAAAUGCUGCUAGUGGGUUUAAGCUGAAUUUGACCUAAUAGUGGGUCUUAUCACGCACUGCACCUGUUCUGUGACCAUCCACACACACACACACACACGCACACACACACGUGCGCACACAUACUUACCACACACACACACACACAAACUUGCUCAGCAAGAGACAUGCUUUACUCUUCAUCUGAGAGGUAUUUAGACGGCAGCUAUGCAACCAAGCGUAGCGCUGAUGCAGUGAACGAGUGAGAUGCAGAAGAGAUCAGAUGGUUCAGAUGGUUCCUAAAUGGGGAUAAUCUAUCUUGCAUCGCACUGCGCUGUGCGUGUUUGUGUCUGAUCUCUUCUGCAUCUCACUCGUUCACUGCAUCAGCGCUACGCUUGGUUGCAUAGCUGCCGUCUCUGUUUUUCCUGAAUGGCACAAACAAACAAUCAAACAAACAAGUCCCAUCCCCAGACUUCCUCCCCUCCCCUCCCUUCCCUUCCCUUCCCCUCUCCUCUUCUCUCUUCUGUCUUUCUCUCUCUGUCUCUCUUUCACUCACACACCCUUCGGACCACCUUUACAACCACCACUGUUACUAAUUGGAGAUUCCUGGCUGCAGGUGUUACCCUGUCCCCCCUCCUCCCCAUUCCUCCUUAACUCCCUACUUUUUAUCUUUCCAUCCCUCCUGUCCAUCAAAAGCUCAGGUGACCCUUGGGGAUUAGUAAAGCAGGAGUGUGAUAUAACUAAUGGAUAAAGCAUUACAGAUACAGGUGUCAUAGUAAGUGUUACCAACUCUCUCCCCUCUCUCUCUGUCUCUCUGUCUCUCUCUCUGUCUCUCUCUCUCUCUCUCUCUCUCUCUCUCUCUCUCUCUCUCUCUCUCUCUCUCUCUCUCUCUCUCUCUCUCUCUCUCUCUCUCUCUCUCUCUACCUCUACCUCUGUCUCUGUCUCUCUGCAGUGUAUCCGAGGGCGGAAAGCCACUCUGGAGGAGUUGCAGACGGUUCACUCUGAGGCCCACGUCCUUCUGUAUGGAACCAACCCACUCCGACAGAAACUAGACAGUAAGUCCUACACCCGUGCUGAUCUCGGACCUGUCCAUAUAAUCUUAUUCAUUAUGAUAUAAAAGGCUAAACUGAUCCUAGAUCAGAACUCCUACUCUGAGAUGCUUUGUGGAUACAGCCCAGACCCAAGUGGAUGUUGUUGCAUAAUACACUAUACAGGAUCCAUUGUGUAGAUGCUCUCAGUAUAGUGAGGGCGAUUCCCAACUUCCACUGAAGUCAAAUUUUCACACUGUCUUCCAUUGACAUCAAUGCAUGUCAGAAGUUAUUGACCCGUAUAUGUACAUAGUACAGUACAUGAACAAGACUGCCUACGGUAUGACAGUGUAUACGACAAUAACAGUCUUCCACAGACCACUAUCUCCCCCCCUCACACCUCCGCUGUCUGUUAUUACAGGGCAGAGCUGGUCUAAUGUUCCUCUACCAGACCAUUAUCAACUUGCCUUCUGUGUAAAGAAAAAGCCAGGACACUCACUCACUAUAUCUCCACAGAGCUUGUUUUGUUUACCUUGUUUUGUUGUCGUUCCAUUCUCAUGUUAUCUCAUCAGAGUUGGAACUAGUUCAAAUCUGUCCCUAUGCUCGGUCAAGGCCACCACCUCUCUGCCAAUAAUGACCGCAUGCACACACACACGCACGCACGCACGCACGCACGCACGCACGCACGCACGCACACACACACGCACACACACACAAUGUUCCAUGACAUCACUCCUCUGUGUUUACUCCCUCCACCCAAAGUGUUCUGAUCUAUCACCUAAAUAUUUCCUAUUGGUUGAGAGAGAGAGGGAGACUGACAGCUUGGCUCAAAUAGCGAACUAUGACCACCCUGGCUGUCAUCGGAGUUAACCAGCAGUGCCUGUGGAAGAACGCAGUCAUUGAAUUCUGUUGACCGUUGUAGAUGAGUGGUUCCCAACCUUUUUGGUUACUGUAGCACCGAGUACAUUUUGCUCUGCCCGAAGUACCCAUGAAGGACCCCCUCAUUUGCAUUUUACCAGUAAGCCUAUGGUCUCAUGAGUCUUCUCAAGUACCCCCUGUGGAUAGGCCAAGUACCCACAGUGGAAACACUGUUUUGGACUGUUGUACUUUCCGUAUUUCCACUUGCACCGUUUUAAAAGUGUUUACUUCAAAUAUGUUUGAUUAUGUUGUAUAUUCUGUCAUGCAUCAAUGCUCUACAUUUUAUGAGUGAAUCUAGGAGUGUCUGCUAUAUGAAUUCAUAUUAAUGCAAAAGUGUAAUGAUCAACUCAGGACCCACUAAGAAGAGUGAAGGGUCACCUAGACACAUUUUAAUAUUCAGGCCCAAAGGUGAAAUUCUGCUUACUCGAUUAGACUGGACUAAUACUCAUACACACAUACACAGGUGUAGCCUAUGUUCUCAAACCAUGCAGGGUGUUGUUUUAAGGGUGUGGGGUUUCCACUUUACAACGUUUUUGCUAGAAUUUGUACAGGUCAAGAUUAGUUUAUAUCUCAAAGGGGAUGUCAUGUCUAAAUGUACGUUGUAGUCAUCUUGCAGAUGCUUCUUGACUGGAGAGACUGGUAGGGCAUAAUGUGUGACAAGGGAGUAUUCUGCCGGUUGCCUCUAACCUCUCUUUCUCUCUUCCCCCCCCCCUUCUUUCUCUUUCUCUCUCUCUCUCUCGCGCUCUCUCUCAGGUUCAUUGACUCCCAUGUUCGUGAGGCUGCCUUGUGGAGGGGUGGGGGUAAGUUACUCCCUACUUAUCCUCCCCUGUCUAAAUAAUGGUGUUGUGUGUUAUCCCACACACACACACACACACACACACACACACCCUGGAGCACCAGAGGCAACCAAAACUGUUGCUCUGCUUUCUGUCGAGUGGGUAAUUGUGACCAUAUGUUUUCUAUAAACAAGCUGUGUCCUGUAGAGUGGGUGGGGGGCGCUGUCUGUGUGUUGUGUGUUCAGGGGGACACUGAAGGGGGAAGGUUGGGGGGGGCGCAAUGGUGUGCGUGUGUGCUUUUACUUCAGUGUGAAGGUUGGGGGGGAGGCAGGUAAGAACAAGGUCAGCUGGGUUAGUGUAUCUGUGUGACCCUCUGUGUGUAUGCUUGCAUUUGAUUGCAACCCACAUUUUGUCUGUCUGUCUUCAUGGGGCGUGUGUUCCCUUGCGUACUGUAUGUGUGGGAGUGUGUAUUGGAGUGUGUGAACUCAGAUUGUGUGUUUGUUGCUCCCUAGAUCAAUAUGUUGACAGAGGUCUGAUUUUCAAUCCCUCUCUCUCCCGCUCCCCCUACCUAUCUCUCUCCCCGGAGGGUAUCUAGCUGGGUCUGUUGCGGUGCCUGCUGCUGCCGGUGGGAAACAGAAGGGGCUGUGCUCUGUUUUAUGGAAAUGUGGCUAAAUUGUUGUCUUCCUGUAGUCCCAGCACAGCGCCUCGGCUCAUCAAAUUACCCUGUCAGCCUGAGCAGAACCACCACUCUUUCAUUCCAACACGUUCCCUCACUCUCUUUGGUCCCUGGUCCCUCGCUUUCCUCUCUCUUUUAUCCCCCUAUCGCUCUUGAUCAUACUGGCAUACGUCUUUCGCCUCUUCUUACUCAAUCUUACUUUUGCAAGUCGCUUUCGUCAAGGCUACUCUGCCCUUCCGACGUUGCACUUUCUUCUCCUUUAGUGACUAGAACUACUGACAUACUUUGGCCUGUGUCCCUCCCUCGCUCACUCACUCAAUCUUUUCUUUCACUUUCUUACACACUCCUUAGUUCAUCCCUAGGUACAUUGUCACAUUUUGUCAUCUUCUUCAGUUUUUUAGCUUGCUCACUCGAUCACUCAAUUCCUUCACUCACUCUGGUGCAGCCAUCACUCUUCAUUCAACUCACCCUCCCUCCCCUCUCCACCCAACCCAUUUCCCUCUCUUCCCCUCACCCCUUCACCACCCCCCCCCCCCCCCCCCCCCCCCCACCCACCCCAGUCUCCUUAGCAUUGUAAAUGCACCACAGACUCUUAAUUCGUGACAAAGUCCUUGGCAUGACUUGAAAAGGCCCACAUUUUCCUUUUUUCUUCUAACUCUAGCCUUGAGCGUUCAUGCCAUUGAAAGCCAUGUAUGCUGAGUCCAUUGGCGACCCCAAGGUUCACAGAAACCCUGCAGGUCCCCACACACUCCCUCUCUCUCUAUCCCUUCUCAACAUUUACAUUGACAUUGUAGUAAUUUAGCAGACGCUCUUAUCCAGAGCAAUUUACAGUUAGUGCAUUCAUCUAAAGAAAGCUAGGUGGGACAGACACAUUUCACAGUCAUAGUAAGUACAUUUUCCUCAAUAAAGUAGCAGGGGGAGAGUGUGUGGAUACUCUUUGAAGAGGUAGGUUUUCGGAAGAUGGGCAGGGACUCUGCUGUCCUAGCUUCAGGGGGAAGCUGGUUCCUCCAUUGGAGUGCCAGGACAGAGAAGAGGGGUGGGAGGGCCAAGAGGGCCAAGAGACCAGAGGUGGCAGAACAGAGUGCUCGGGUUGGGGUGUAGAGUUUGAGCAUAGGGAGGGGCAGGUCUUCUUGCUGCUCCGUAGGCAAGUACCAUGGUCUUGUAGUGGAUGCACGAUUCGACUGGAAGCCUGUCUCUGUCACUCUCUCUCUCUCUCUCUCUCUCUCUCUCUCUCUCUCUCUCUCUCUCUCUCUCUCUCUCUCUCUCUCUCUCUCUCUCUCGCUCUCGCUCUCUUUCCUCCUCUCUUUCCCUCUGCCAGCUGUUUUCUUCUCUUUAGGUUAUUCCAUCUCGGAAUUCAACCCUAACCCAGGUGGUGUGUGUGUGACCUCAAGUUGGUUCCAGGGGUCAACCCCUUGAUCCACUAAAAAACUUCUUUUUUUUUUACAUGCGGUCAGUGUUACAACAAGGAGUUAAGAGUCCUAUAUCUAUACUGAGUGUGUGUGUGCAACAAUAUGAGGACUAGUGGUGUGUAGAGGAGUAAAGGUGUGUGUGUGCGUGUGAGUGUGUGUGUGUGCGUGCUGUGAUUGGGGCCACGGAGCAGGCGUGUGUCAGCAUAAUCAGCCCUGACUGAUGAAUGCCUGGCCUCUCUCUCUGACCACAUACACACACACCUCCACAACACGGGGACUAGCCAGCUCCCCCCACCCCAUCCCACAUCACUCUCCAUGCCUUCCCCCCCCCCCCCCCUUUAAAAUAUUUAAUAUUUCUCUCCAUCUACUGUAUAUCCCCCAUCUCUCCCAAACUUCUCCCUUGGCCUAAUAUUGACACUCCAUGUCUGUGAAUAAAAGCACACUCAGAUGGACAGACGUGUUAAGAGCAAAUUAGUUCCCCCUGCCUUUUAGAUUGACGUACAGUACGUGCAUGUGUGUGUAUGUGUGUGUUUUUGUGUGCGUGUUUGUGCAACUGUGGAUAUGUUGUGUGUUUAUGCAUGUGUUUGUGUUUGUGUGUGUGUGUGCCAGUAGGCUAUGCGUGCUAGCGCAUAUAGAAGAACUAAGCCUGGCUGUCCAAACUGAGUUUCUGUCUGUAAGGGGUGUCAUUCAUGUCAGUUGGAUAGACCCAUAACUCACUCUGAGAGUCUCUUUUCUGCUGCCUCGUUUGCUCAGCAAUCAAGUUCAUUUUUCCUGCUCUCUCUGUGCAAGCUUUGAUACAAUACAAGGGAUUUGUAUACACUGUGUGUGAUUGUGAGUGUGGUUAGGGGCUUUGUAUUGUAGCUUGUGUGCACAUACAGUGGCUUGCGAAAGUAUUCACCCCCUUGGCAUUUUUUUCCUAUUAUGUUGCCUUACAACCUGGAAUUAAAAUGGAUUUUGGGGGGGUUUGUAUCAUUUGAUUUACACAACAUACCUACCACUUUGAAGAUGCAAAAUAAUUUUUUGUAGAGCCACCUUUUGCAGCAAUUACAGCUGCAAGUCUCUUGGGGUAUGUCUCUAUAAGCUUGGCACAUCUAGCCACUGGGAUUUUUGCCCAUUCUUCAAGGCUCCUUCAAGUUGGAUGGGUUCCGCUGGUGUACAGCAAUCUUUAAUUAAUACCACAGAUUCUCAAUUGGAUUGAGGGCUUUGACUAGGCCAUUCCAAGACAUUUCAAUGUUUCCCUUUAAACCACUCGAGUGUUGCUUUAGCAGUAUGCUUAGGGUCAUUGUCCGACUGGAAGGUGAACCUGCGUCCCAGUCUCAAAUCUCUGCAAGACUGAAACAGGUUUCCCUCAAGAAUUUCCCUGUAUUUAGCGCCAUCCAUCAUUCCUUCAAUUCUGACCAGUUUCCCAGUCCCUGCCGAUGAAAAACAUCCCCACAGCAUGAUGCUGCCACCACCAUGCUUCACUGUGGGGAUGGUGUUCUCAGGGUGAUGAGAGGUGUUGGGUUUGCGCCAGACAUAGCGUUUUCCUUGAUGGCCAAAAAGCUCAAUUUUAUUCUCAUCUGAUCAGUAGUUCUUCCAUAUGUUUUGGGAGUCUCCCACAUGCCUUUGGCGAACACCAAACGUGUUUGCUUAUUUUUUUCUUUAAGCAAUGGCUCUUUUCUGGCCACUCUUCCGUAAAGCCCAGCUCUGUGGAGUGUACGGCUUAAAGUGGUCCUAUGGACAGAUACUCCAAUCUCAGCUGUGGAGCUUUGCAGCUCCUUCAGGGUUAUCUUUGGUCUCUUUGUUGCCUAUCUGAUUAAUGCCCUCCUUGCCUGGUCCGUGAGUUUUGGUGGGCGGCCCUCUCUUGGCAGGUUUGUUGUGGUGCCAUAUUCUUUAAUUUUUUUUAAAUAAUGGAUUUAAUGGUGCUCGGUGGCAUGUUCAAAGUUUCAGAUAUUUUUUUAUAACCCAACCCUGAUCUGUACUUCUCCACAACUUUGUCCCUGACCUGUUUGGAGAGCUUGUUGGUCUUCAUGGUGCCGCUUGCUUGGUGGUGCCCCUUGCUUAGUGGUGUUGCAGACUCUGGGGCCUUUCAGAACAGGUGUAUAUAUACUGAGAUCAUGUGACAGAUCAUGUGACACUUAGAUUGCACACAGGUGGACUUUAUUUAACUAAUUAUGUGACUUCUGAAGGUAAUUGGUUGCACCAGAUCUUAUUUAGGGGCUUCAUAGCAAAGGGGGUGAAUACAUAUGCAUGCACCACUUUUCCGUUAUGUAUUCUUUAGAAAAAAAUUUAGCACUUUUUUUUUCAUUUCACUUUUGGACUAUUUUGUGUAUGUCCAUUACAUGAAAUCCAAAUAAAAAUCCAUUUAAAUUACAGGUUGUAAUGCAACAAAAUAGGAAAAACGCCAAGGGGGAUGAAUACUUUUCCAAGGCACUGUAUCUCCUUCACUCUCUCUACCUCUGGAAUUGUUGGGACUGGGAGGACAAAUGUCCUGGUCCAACGUUGUCCAAUUGUAUUCUUUAUAAUUAAUUAAUUAAUUAAUAUGCCAUUUAGCAGACGCUUUUAUCCAAAGCGACUUACAGUCAUGCGUGCAUACAUUUUUUUUUUGUGUAUGGGUGGUCCCGGGGAUCGAACCCACUACCUUGGCGUAACAAGCGCCGUGCUCUACCAGCUGAGCUACAGAGGACCACGUCUCACGUAAACGUAAUCCUGUUUAUAUUGUGCAUUAAUAAAUGUGCAUAUGUGUUUGUGUUCAUAGGUGGACAGCGACACCAUUUGGAACGAGGUCCACUCGUCCAGCGCAGCUCGUCUGGCUGUGGGCUCCGUCGUGGAGCUGGUCUUCAAAGUGGCAGCUGGAGAGCUCAAGGUUAGCUCCAUGUCCCUCAUCAUGGCGCUGUCUGUCUGUCUGCCUGUCUGUCAAGCUGUCUGUCUGAAUGUCUAUAUUACCAAUGAUAAAGCCAUCUAGCAACUGACGCUAAAUGCUAAUGCUAGCCCAUCUCAGGUGAAUAGGUGGCAGAGUGGAGUGUUGAUCAUUAGACCGCAUUAACGGUGCUAACGCUAGCCCCACUCAAGUUAAUUAGGCACAGGGCUAGCGUAGCUUUAUUCAUUUAGCCUUGUUAGCCGUGCUCUCUCUUAACACCUCCAGACUCGGUAGGAAUGCCCCCCGCCCCCUUCCCCACCGCAAAGCUCUCAUUAGCACCUUUCAGACAGACACUCCUCCCCUCCUGCCCGCCUGCCUUCCUGUGUCUGUGGCCUCUCCUGGCAGCGCCCGACUGUCGUUUGAACCCCGCGGGGGGCGGCCUAGUGCGCGGGCAUCGCUAACGCUAAUAGUCCCCGCUAACACCCUGUCUUUAUUAGUCUGCACACCAUAGCCACCUGCGGCGCAGAGCUGGGUAAGGUAAUGGAGACAUGAUAAUUCCUCUCAGAGCUAAAUUGCUAACGCUCGCACAGAGUUUCAGCUAGGAUUUAGGGCUUCAACUAGCACAUUCACUCUCCUUCUUGUUACAGCGGAAUUGGAAGCAUUAGUUAGGGGAUGCAGUUAGUGCAUACUGUAAAGUGGGCGUGAUCUAUUGUUAUUUGAAGGUUGUUGUUUGGAAUGUGUCUGUUGAUGAGUAUGUAUGCCAUUUAUUGAACAGCACUGGUUGUUGUUACUGAGAUUUAUUUACUUGUUUUAUUCAUUCAUGGACUUGUUUGUUCAUCCAUUCAUCUAUUUAUCAUUCAUCUUCAUGGAUUUAUCGAGGACAUGGCUCUCUUUCUAAGAAUAAUGACCUGAAAUGAUUCAUGAAAAUAUGCCUGCACUCUACACAAGUGUUAGAGGUCACAGGAAGUGACCUCCUUGCCUCUUAACCCCAUCUUAGCACACACACACAUACACACACCCACACACACGUGCAAAAACACACACACACACACACACACAUAACCCCAGGGGGGGAAACCAGACAUAAACAUCACCUGCCACCCUCUGGCCUGUCCAAGUCAGCAUUGCAUCUGCAUCAUCAAUGUUUCUAAAAUAGAACUCAAUGGAAUUCCAUUAAUCUCUUUAAAUCACACACACUCGCUCUCUCACACACACACAGCUCUUUGAAAGCGGUCCCUAUCGUCAGAUGGGAUCUGAGUUCCUUCUCUCCCUCUGCUAGAAUAAUAUCCUCUGCGGCCAGGCGAGGUGGAGAGUAAUCCACAGCAGCUGCCUCAACAUCAUUAGACUGGACUACAGGGACACAGGUCAUUUCACCACGUACACAUACCACAGUCAGUCAGGGCCCCCAAACACUGGGCGUCCCUACCAGUCCCCAUAUGUCCCCAUAUUACACCAGUCGGCGCGGGAGUCUCCCAGGUCCCCACAUUAGCACAACAUCCACGCCUCGCACUGCUGCUCCCAGCUGUCAGCCAUACCUGUGUGUGUGUGUGUUUCAAGUUUCAAGAUGUAUUAGUCGUAUGUACAAGAUACACAUGGUGUACACCGUCCAACGAAAUGCUUACUUGCAGGUUCCUUCGCGACAAUGCAACAACAAUAAGAAAUAACAAAAGAUAAGAAUAUUAACAUAAAGUAAAUGGCUCAGUAGAAUAUAACAAACAUUUUAGCGUGUGUGUGUCACCGGCAGUGUCUGACCCUCCGCACUGUAAAUGGCAAAACAAUUAAGGGUGAGCCCUAAGGGGAUUUAGGGUCAUAGAGGCAGAGAACUGAAUACUGCAUGGAGAAACUGGAAUGUGUGUGUGUGUGCUGGUGUGUGUGUGUGUAAAUAGGUAUUUUCGUGUGUGUUUAUGGUGUUAUGUGUUUAUCUGUGCUAUUACAGUAUGAGUGUCUGUCAGUCUUUGAUUGAUUAAGGCCUUAUGGGUAACAUGGCUCCCUCUUCUCUGAUUGGCAGAAUGGCUUUGCUGUAGUCCGGCCCCCUGGACACCACGCAGAGGAGAGCACACCUAUGUAAGUCCCACCCCAUUUAUUUUUCUUCGUUCUCAUUGGAUCAGAUCUUGUUGAAGUCAUUACGAAACAGUAUGAGAUUUCGAGCAAAAUCAAAUUAUCAGAACCCUAAUCACAAUACCUGUUGGACUCACUAAAUGCAUAUUAUUUCACUCCUCCCCCCUCUCUCUCAUCACUCCAUCACACAGGGGAUUCUGUUACUUCAACUCAGUGGCCAUCGCAGCUAAACUUCUGCAGCAGAGGCUCAGUGUCAAUAAGAUCCUGAUUGUGGAUUGGGUGAGUUCACCUUGGACUUCCUGUGCUUUCACACAGAAUAAGGUGGGGCUCAGUCAUUAGAGCAUGGCGCUUGCAAGGGGGUAGUGGGUUCGAUUCCCGCUGAGGCCACCCAUACGUAAAAUGUAUGCACGCAUGUCUUUAAGUCGCUUUGCAUAAAAUCGUCUGCUAAAUGGCUUAUAUUAUUAUAUGAAAUAAUGUGACCUAUCUUUCUUAACAUUUGUUAAUGUUCUGCGUAGGGCCGUACCCGACCAAAACAAAUCUUGGUCAACCGAGAGUCGCCUAUUCUUUCGACCAAUUGAUUUGUUGAAAUUCUUAAACUUGUAUUUUUUCCUAUAUUAACACACCCUAUGUGUUAAUAAAAUCAACUAUAUAUAUAGGCUACUUAGCUUGUCUGAUGCUUUAAGCACACUGUGAUUAAUUAAUUAAGACAUACAAAUGACUAGAGGGAGCCAGAGAUCAAGGUAGCCUAACUAGAAGAAAAAAACCUGUUCCUGACCCUCCUCCUCCAGCUGCUGCUGGCCUUCGCAGAUUCUGCCAUUAAACUCCUGAAGUUGCCGGUAAUGGGCAAUAUCAGGGUCGGCAACCUUUUCCAUUUGGAGUGCCAAUUUAUCUUACCAUUUCUACCGAUUUGCGUGCCAGUUAUGAUUUUCAUAUGCACAUUUUCGUGGAACAGUUUCAUUUCAUUUAUAAUAUAGUCUUUGUAUCGCAAAAUCAUUAUGUGCUUAAUCAAAAUUCUAAAAGUGAUUUAUAUUGCCAUUGGCAACUAUGUAAAAAUAGCCUACAUAAAGCCAACAAAUAAAAACAUUGCAGCCUGCAGGGAGAAAAUAUCCUGAUAAAAAUAAAUAUCCUAUAAAUCACAUUGGCUAAGCAUGGCCUGUCUGCAAGGAACUUGAAACAUUGUAUCAACUAUCAACUUGGUCUGGCCUGAAACUAAUGCUAGCAAACUUGCAACAUUGUAUAAAAUAUUCUGGGCCCUCAGAGUUUCCCAUGCUAGUGAGCUCCGGACAGACAGACACAGCUGUAGGCUAUUUGCGCAUGGGAUAAGAAGUAAUCAAGUAGGCCUAUUUUAUGAUGUUUCCACCGGAUCAGAGCAUGACAUUUUUUCCCCCUUUCACACACCAAGUGGUUAUCGAAAGAGAGCUGGAAAGAUUUUUCAAAUAGGCUACAUUGAGGAGCUAUUGUCAUCCUCAAAAACAGACUCCAGAGUGGUGGUGAGAUAAGACAAUCAGAAAUGCUAUCAGAUCCCCAAAUGGGCACAUUUAUAGGCCUACAUUUGCGUGCAGGCCAGGUAGCCUAGGCCUACUUCUAUGCGUAAUCAGGUGCGCGUUCUUACUCAACAUUGACAGUAGCACUACAAAUAAAAGACAAUGAAUAAAUUGACAACUGGUAAAUGGAAUGAAAUAAACCAAAACUUGUUCCUCAUACAGGGUAUAUGUUGGAACAUUACUGCAGGGACUUGCUUCCAUUCAGCCACAAGAACAUUAGUGAGGUCGGACAAUGAAGUUGGCAUUCCAAUUCAUCCCAAAGGUGUUUGAUGGAUGCAUAGAAUCGUCUAGAAUGUCAGUGUAUGCUGUAGCGUUAAGAUUUCCCUUCACUGGAACUAAGGGGCCUAGCCCGAACCAUUAUUCCUCCUCCACCAAACUUUACAGUUGGCACUAUGCAUUGGGGCAGGUAGCGUUCUCCUGGCAUCCGCCAAACCCAGAUUCGUCCGUCGGACUGCCAGAUGGUGUUUCCACUGCUCCAGAGAACAUGUUUCCACUGCUGCAGAGUCCAAUGGUAGCAAGCUUUACACCACUCCAGCCGACGCUUGGCAUUGCGCAUGGUGAUCUUAGGCUUGUGUGCAGAUGCUCGGCCAUGGAAACCAUUUCAUGAAGCUCCCGACGAACAGUUCUUGUGCGGACGUUGCUUCCAGAGGCAGUUUGGAACUCAGUAGUGAGAGUUGCAACCGAGGACAGACGAUUUUUACGUGCUACGCCCCGUUCUGUGAGCUUGUGUGGCUUACCACUUUGCGGCUGAGCCGUUGUUGCUCCUAGACGUUUCCACUUCACAAUAACUGCACUUACAGUUGACUGGGGCAGCUCUAGCAGGGCAGAAAUUUGACGAACUGACUUGUUGGAAAGGUGGCAACCUAUGCCAUGUUGAAAGUCACUGAGCUCUUCAGUACGGCCAUUCUACUGCCAAUGUUUGUUUAUGGAGAUUGCAUGACUGUGUGCUUGAUUUUAUACACCUGUCAGCAAUGGGUAAUAGCCGAAUCCACUAAUUUGAAUGGGUGUCCACAUACUUUUGUAUAUACAGUAUAGUGUAUAUAUAUAUUUGCUAACGCUCGAGUAAAAAACUCUUGGUCCACCAACAGCCUAUCGAUCAAACAAUCGACCAGUCGACUAAAUGGGGUCAGCCCUAGUUCUGCGAGUGUAAUAUAAUGCUUUUACAGACCAAGUUAUUCAGUGUCAACAAACAAUACCUGUCUGUAUAACAUAAUAUGAGACAUACGUCUGGCGUUAGAAUCUGUCAAAUUGAUGUCAAAAUAAUCUUGGCGCCGAGAACCAAAUCUUGCAUGAGCGCUGGCCAGUGUUUCAUCUGUCACACUGUGCGUCAUGUCAUUUAUCAGUACGACACACAUUUGUGUCAAAAAGCACACCUUAUAAAGACAGUCACACUAGAGUAUGUAGGUCAGAAACUGAAAGAGGAGCGUUUUUUACAUUUGAAAGGCCUGAAAAUAGUCCCCAUGCCCAGGAAGAGAUGUGCGUGUCAUCAUGGCUAAUGGAUGCUGCUGGGGUCGUUAUACAGCUGGCCAAAGCCUUUGAAACCAUUUUCAUUUCCUCCUGUCUGUCACUGAGAGAGAUUUCUAAAGCUAGCCCUGUCAUCCAGGGAGAAACGACCGCUUUUUUAGCUCGUCUUUUGUAUUACAAAAUGUCUCAAUAUAGAAACUUCUUAAGCAGUGCCGUCAAAAAAUUGACACUUAGUUAGAAAAUUACCUUCUUUAAAACUUGUCUUGUAUGAGAUAAUGCCUCGAUAUAGAAGCUUAAGUCACUUUUUUAUGUUUGACUAUGUGGGAAGGUCUGCUGAAAUGAAAUGGAAAGUAAAAGAUGUUGUCACCCAGCAAUGAGAUUUGUAAAACAGACUUAAUCCAAUUGUACGCCUAAAACACAUGCAACCCUCUGAACUGGUCACAAAGGUUGUAGGAUGUUAGAUAGUGGCUAAGCACGACAGUGGAUAGCAUUAUGCCCAUCUGACGACUGAUUCAAGGUUGAUUUUGAUGUUUAGCGCACAAUGCUUAUGGAUAGGAUUUGGAUGUGGAGACCUGAUCCUAAAUCAGUUGUUAGUCAGAAAGUAACCAUAGCCUGCCACUCUCCAUGUCUGUCAGGAUGUUCACCAUGGAAAUGGCACGCAACAGGCAUUCUACAGCGACCCCAACAUUCUCUAUCUGUCACUCCAUCGCUACGACGACGGCAACUUCUUCCCCGGCAGUGGAGCGCCUGAUGAG